AUGGCUGUUCCUCCAAAUUACAAGAAAAUAGGCGAUUUCCAUGAGUACUAUAGCGGCGCCCGCCAUGCACCUUACUUGACCGUCUUCAUUGGAGGAAACCAUGAAGCAAGCAACCAUCUUUUCGAGCUAUAUCACGGCGGUUGGGUCGCUCCUAAUAUUUAUUACCUUGGUGCCGCAAAUAUCAUUCGAUGCGGACCUUUGAGAAUUGCUGGUGUGUCGGGAAUCUGGAAAGGGUAUGAUUACCGCCGCCAGCACUUCGAAAGGUUGCCGUAUGAUGACGACGCCUUGCGUUCGGCCUACCAUGUCAGAGAAAUUGACGUGCGCAAGCUACUGCAAGUUCGUACCCAAGUUGAUAUUGGAAUCAGCCACGACUGGCCGCAGGGCAUUGAAUGGGGCGGCAACGUCGACGAGUUAUUUAGGAGAAAACCUCACUUUGUCGAAGAUGCUGAAACUGGAAAGCUUGGAAGCCCCGCAGCAAGAUAUGUCCUUGACCGACUGCGUCCAGCUCAUUGGUUUUCUGCACAUUUGCAUGUGAAAUACGAAUCUAUCCUGGAACACAAUGAAUACGUUCCACCCAGAACAGUUAACGCCAUUAAUCCUCCGUCUCAACAGUCGCGUAUGAAGGACCCUGCACUCAAUCUAGAGGCUGAAGUGGAUCGGAAUAAAGGUGUGCAAGACUCUGUGGAGCAACCGAACCAAGCCCCUGAACCAGUUGUAUCGAGCCAAAGUCCUACCAUGCCUCGUAUGCAACCACGAGGUAGUGAGCAAGACAGAGUAAAUGCAUGGAGGGGCUUUCAUGAAGUUGCUGCAAAAAGAGAAGCUGAAGAAAACGCUGAGUAUUUGAAAGCUGCUGAUGAGUUUAGACGUCGUGUCGAGGCUGGGGAAAUUGAGAAACCGAAAUCACAAAUCGACUACCAAGUUACUUGGAAGAAGGUCGUCACCAAUGACGGCCUCUCGCGGGAAGUUGCAGAUGUUGUCAAAACCAGCAUUAAAAGCGGAAAAGCCCCGGCGCAAGAAGAAAGCUCCGAGCCCGCUAUGAAAAACGCAGACGAGAUAGAUAUUGAAAUGGAUUCUGCCUCAGAGACAGCCGAAACUCCUAACAUACUUCCGUCUGCUCCAGCUUUAAAGGGAGAUUUGAACACUCACGCAGAAAUCGCAGCGCAUCCAGAACAGGUAGAUGAAGUGCCUGAUGACCUUCGUACCCAGUUACCAGCCAGUUUCCACAGACCUGAGAGGGCACAAGUAACCACAGCUGUUGAAGAAUUUCCGGACGGCAUCACGAACAAAGCGACAAAAUUUUUGGCUUUGGACAAGUGCGAGCUUCGGAAAGAUUUCCUGGAUUUACUAGAAAUUUUCCCUCUGUCCGGAAGCGACAUGCCCGAUUCACAACGUCCCUAUCAAUUGGAGUAUGACAAAGAGUGGCUCGCAAUCACGCGGGUUUUUGCUGAAGGAUUUGAAGUCGGCAAUAAACAAGCCAGCACACCUCAAGACAGAGGCAAUGCAUUUUACAAGCCACGAAUUAUCGAGGCCGAGACGUGGGUUGAAGAAAACAUUGUCAAGAAAGGCAAGAUGAUCAUUCCUCAGAACUUCAGCAUCACAGCGCCAGUCUAUGACCCAUCUGUUCCCGUUACCACUCUCGAACAACCGGUUGAGUAUCCUAAUCCUCAAACUGCGGAAUUUUGUGAAAUGCUCGGAAUUCACAAUCCAUUCCAGCUUACUGAGGAGCAGCGUCAAUUACAAGAGGAGGCUGUUUUACAAGCUAACGAACAACGCAAGCUGGAGCCUAGCGGUGGUCGGGGGAGAGGGUUUAGAGGAUCUCGUGGCGGCGGUAGAUUCGGACGUGGAGGGGGCAGACGCUGGCGUGGUGGUCGUAGAGGACGUGGGCCGUAA